GUCGCCGGCCUCGACGUAAAAAUAGGCGGGGCGGUUGUAAUCCCUGGCCGUGGGUGACAAGCGGAGAAAGGUCGGGCCCCUCGGGAGGCUUGGCUGUUUCACAAAACGGGAUCGGAGCCUGCAUCGCCUCGAGGUCCCAGGCGAGCUUACACUGCCGAGAAGUUUUACUUUAAGGAAUGUCCACAAUGGGUGACAAGAAAAACACUAGUAAAUCUUCAGAGAAUGGCGAUACAGACGGUGAGGAAUAUGAAGAUGACUUUGAAAAAGACCUUGAGUGGUUAAUUAAUGAAGAAGAAAAAAGAAUUUCUGGUGAUAUACAGAAUCAUGAUGAAAAUGAAGAUGAUGUUGAUGUUGAAAGUAUCUUGGGCAAAGACUUAGUAGAAGGUAAAGAAUAUACACUAAAUUCUUCCCAAGAGAUUUUUGAACUCGAGAGAUUUGUAACAGGUGAAGAUGGAAGUGUUUCACGAAAACCCCCUGAGGACAUUCUGAAAGAUAAGGGGUCAAGAAAUGAAAUACAUUCUAUAUAUGAUUUUGAAACAAAGCGUUUGGAGCAGGCAUCUGAUAGUGAGAGUGAAAGUUCUUGCCAGGAAUCAAAAGCGGACCAGGAGGACUUGGAGGAUGAUGAAGAUAUAAAACGAUACAUCCUAGACAAAAUUGAAGAAGCCAACAAACUUCUUUUGUGUCAGGAACCUCUGGAUGAAACAAAAGAACGGAAACUAAAAUUUAAGGAUAAUCUAGUAGAUCUUGAAGUUCCAUCUCUAGAAGUUGUGGGAACUGAUAGAGGUGAUCUUCAGGGCGAUAAGAAUAUUUCAGGUCGACUGUCCCAGUUGCACAUUUCUACUAAUAUGGAACAGGAAGAUAUUUCUCUUUCUCUUAAUGGUGGCAAUGAUGAUGAGCACAAGGAUGGCAAAAUCCUAGUAGAAAGAGAUGGAAAAUUUGAACUCCUGAGUAUCCGUGACAUUGAGAGCCAAGGCUUCUUUCCGCCACUAAGUGUUUCUUUCAGUGACAUUGAAACUCAACACAUUUCUCCUAAAACUUCCUAUAGUACUUCUUUGGGCACUAUCUGUCUAACAAAAGAUGAGUCCUUGGUGCAAACACCUGUGACAUCUUCCAGAGAAGGGUUCAUUUAUGUUCCCCAACCACCAUCCAUUCGACCAAGCUCAGCUAUCAACCUUUCAAGGAAUGUGGAUAGGAGGAAAAGUCCACGCAGGGUGCAGUCAGCAAAUGUGGGCCUUGGUACAAGAAGCUCUACAUAUUGCCUGUCACCAAGACAAAAAGAACUUCAAAAACAGAUUGAGCAAAGGAAAGAGAAGUUAAGGAAAGAGGAAGAAAUAAGGAAAAAAAGACUGGAAGACCAGAAAAAGAGGGAGAAUGACAUGGUCUUUAAAGCUUGGUUGCAAAAGAAAAAAGGACAAAUGCAGGAAGAGAAACGAAUUCAGCGUGCAAAAGAGCUUGAAGACUUAAGCAGCCGGCAGGAGAGUAGAAAUCCAGAAGAAGCCUAUAGGUCAUGGCUUAAGAAAAAACAAGAAGAGCAGAUGAGAGAAAGACAUAUACAAGUCCUGAAACAGCAGGAGGAAUGUAUGUUCUACCUUCCAAGAACAGUGGAAAACGAGAGAGCUUAUAAGCAAUGGUUAAGGAAGAAGAGACGGGAGAAACGGGAAGAACAACUAGCUGCCAAAGAGCAUUCAAAGCAGCUUAGGCAAGAAGCAAGAAGAGCAAAACAGAUAGAGAAUAUUCUCUGUUCAAUUUCUGAUCCAAGAUCUCUUCGUUUCACAGACCAAUAUAGCUGAGGCUUAGAGAUACCAAGAGUCCUUCAGGCUACUUUGUAAAAUUGGAGUGGCUACCUUUUGGAAGCAGCUUCUCUUCUGGUGUGUUUUAUAGUCCUUCAAUAAUGGCUUAAUUUUCUCAAUCUUAAUCUUUCUCCACUUUUAAACUUAGAAUUAUUCUCCAUUUGUGAAUAGGUUGAGAUGAGAUUGUCAAUUUAACAGAGCAUAAAAUGGAAUAAACCUUGUUGCAAUUGCAGUGUACAGAAUUUUAAAGAAAUUAAGAUCCAUUUUCUUCAGAUCAGUGUUGUACAUAAAGAUUAUCCUUAAAUCAGGGUCACAGCUGAUGCCAAGAUUUUAGUAUGUAGGGCUAAUAUUUUGCUUUGCUUGCACCUCCAAGACAUUUCUUCUGCUGCUUCACAUUUCUGCCCCAAUGUCUUUUAAUGUACACACAUUUGCCUCUCCACAAUAAAGCAGGAGAUUGAAGCUGCAAGACUUAUCAGUGAAAUUCAGCAUAUUAAUUUUUUAUUUUUAUUUAAUAAAAAUUAAUUAUGCACAGCAACUAAUUCAAAAAAAGCAGAAGAUACUUUAAAAAUGUAAGUAUCUUCUGCUUUUUUGAAUUAGUUACUGUGCAUAAUUUAUUUUCUAUUACAUCUCAAGUCAGAAGCAAAUGAAGUGUAGGUUGUAAAAGAGCUAAAGUAAUGCACUGGUGAAAUAAAUUUUAAUAAGAUAUUAUGAUUGCGGUAGAUGCUGCUACACUGAACAAAUGCUUGCAUUUUGUGUAUAUAUGAAAUCACUUGAGGAACUGACUGUAUAUGCCUCUACUUUUUAUGUGGGAAAGGCACUCACUGGCUUAAAUUUUACUAAAAACCCAAGCAAUAAAUUGACUGAGAGGGGGAGGAAGGUAUAAUUUGACAUUAAUUUCUUCUGCCUUUGUUAGGUUCACAGCCAUACAUACAAGAGGCACUUUUAAGAUGCACACAUAUACUUUGUUAUUAUAGAAUUGUUUUUCAAGAACAGACUACGUAAUACACAUUAAUUUCUAAUCUGAAUUAUUUAAUAAAGGAUUUUCAAGCAUAUCAGCUCUGGAGGAAGUACAGAAAACAUUAAGUGAAAGUAUGUUGCCAACAUUUAUUAUAAUUUGGAGGAGAGAAGGAGCAUCUGUAUCCAUACAUCACAUUAACACAGGUACCCAAUCCCUCUCACCCCAUAUUCUGUUGCUUGAGACAUUUCAGUACAAUAAUAAAAAGGCUAGAAAUAUGAAUAUCCCAGAAACAUAGGUAAGAAGCUUUUUCUUUUAAUUUGGCAGUAGACUACCAAUUUCCAAAGUAAAAGUGAGAGUAGAGCACCCUAUAAGCGUCAUACUCUAGAGGUAUGAGAGAACAGCAGUCUAAGAAGAUUAAGUAGCACCAGUGAAAGCUGUCCAUAUUAAAGAUCCCCCAGGCCACAUGUUGAACAGUCAUUAAACGUCUAUUCUGUAGAUGUUCAUAUACUAUUGAGAAUCAACUUUGCAAUAGUUUACCCUAGAACGUUAUUUGCUAUUCUUUGGCUUUACUGUCAACAGUAUGUCAACACUGAAUGAAUUCCAGAAUUGUUUUAACCAUAAACACCCUUUUCAUUCAAGAUCAUUAAGAAAACUUUAUCAAAAUAAAAACUGAGCUUUCCUCAAGAGUAAAUAUUUGCACCUGCCCAUGUAACAGCACUGGAAACAAAAAUGUAAAACAAACAUUUAAGCACUGCUUCCCCAUCAGUUAAAAUAAAUACUUCAGCUGAUAGUACUAAGUACCUCGUAAAGACAAUAAAAUCCAAAGGUCUGACACUCAUGAGCUUCCCAUAAUAAUAUAUUCCUUAAAGAAAAGAAUACAUAUCAUAUAUGAACUCUAUUUCAGGACUUAAAAGUAUUCUUUCUUUGACAGUAAACUCUUAGAGUUUGGAAAGCUCAUAUGUGGGAAAUGUGUGAUCUUUCAGAUGUUGAACUACAACUCCCAUCACGCUUCAGCACCAGCUGUGUUGGUUUGGGAGAUCAGGACAACACUCUUAUAAUAUCUUGAGAGCCACAUAUUUCCUUGGUGUAUGAUAAAUAUUUCUAGUACAGCAAGCUCAACCCAAAAGCUUAGAAAAGAUAGAACCACUCAGAAAAUAGACCCACUUUAGAACAGUUCUAUUAAGCAAAGAACUUUUAAAGAGCUAGCAGUUCUCCCUGACAAUGAUUGCAGCAGUUGAAGGUUAUAUUCUCAUAUCUAGUGUAUGGGUGAAACCGUCCAAUAUUCUUCUUUGGGGAAAGGAAAGAAGAGGCUGAAGGCUCAGCAAAGGGCAAUUCAGAUGGUGCUUCUGUGCAGCUGCCAGGUUCCAGCAUUCUUAAUACCUGGAAGAAAAUAAAAAUGAAAGUCUUGGAAUAGUACAUUUUACAUAAUGAGCUUCCUCAAUGUUUGCCACUAAAACUACCAUACUUGUAAAAGGAGUGGAGGACAAAUUGGACAGAAACAGCGAUUAAAUUUCUGGCUGUACAAUAAGCUGUGGGAGAAGUGCUGAAGUUGUGGGGUUAGGUGGGAUGUGUAACCAUUAAGAGUUAAUUGGCAAUAAAACUACAUCAAAUAAUCCUGUUCGAUGAGGGCGCAGUGAAAGUAUAUGUCAUGCUAUGCUCCUUGACACACUAUGGAAUAAAUUAUGCAAUAGAACAGAUAAUAAAAAAAUCCCAAUUUGAAAAAAGUUAGUUAAAAUUCAAUGGGAUUUCUACUGAAAAUAAAAUUAGGUUGGAGUAAGAAGAAAGACAUCUUUUAAGUAAUAAAAAAGUGAAGGUAUGGACAAUAACUGCUUUCAUGGCAAAUGUGGAGAAGCAAAACAUAGAUGUUUACCUCUAAACCAAAAUGGGAAAAUUCCAACCUUGCAGAUACUACUCAACAGCUUCUCCCAACAUCCCUGACAUUUAUCUGCUGCCUGUGUUUAUCGGAGUUGGAAUUGAAAGGUUAUUCCUUUAGGCUGAGUAUUAUGCUUCACUCCCUUUUCCAUGGAUCAGAACAUUUGUCCUAUUUCUCAGUAAACAGCCUAGUAAACUGAUUUCUUAGAGGUUUAUGAAUAUUUUAGAUAUUAAUACACCACUGAGCCAAAAUUGAAAGCCCUGAAAGUCUGAAAGGAGAAGGUAAAAAUGUAAUAUUACAAUCAUGGAUAUUUACCAUUUCAGCCAUUUUCUCAGCAGGGGUGUUGCAGAGUUCUGUUGAGGAAGAGCUCUUUUUUGGACUGCUAACACUAUCAGUGUUUCCAAGAAGGUGGGAAGUCACUGCUCUUGCAAGCUUAUGAUUGACAGCUGCCAACUCUGCUGUACUACGAGGUUGUGCACUAGGAUAGUAAGUUUGCUGUCUUCCCCACUGGAGAGAAACCAGUAGCUCUUCCAGCAGCCUGUAAGGGAAAAUAAUAAUGGGCUUUGAUGAAUAGAACACAGUGAGAAGACUGUCUGACAUAGUAUACCCAUACAUAUUCUAUCCUUUAGACAAUCCCCAAAAGAGACAUAAUGUGACGAUUCUGCACAGAACUUGCACUUCUGGCCUUUUUUUCUUAAGAGGCUAUCCAGUCCAGCCCCAUUCUGCUAGGCUGGAAGACACAAGCCAAGCCUUCCCAACACAGACCACCAGCUCCAGGUGAGAUUCUGGAGACAGUUGACCAAUAUUAGUGUUUAGCAAACUUUGGUUUUCCAGUGUUGCCAUUCCUCUAUGCUCAAUGUGGGAUUCUACAGUAUAUCAGUAGAAUCCGCAGUAUAUCAGUGUGUUCCCAACUCUGAUCUUCCAGGUGUUUUCAAUUUCAAAAAUGAUGUUUUGGUGCUUAAUUUGUAAAACCAUAAUGUAAUUUGAUGUUCAAUAGGUAUUUCCUUAAUCCCUCCUUAUUAUCCAACAUUUUCGCUUAUCCAACGUUCUGCCGGCCCGUUUAUGUUGGAUAAGUGAGACUCUACUAUAUAUAUAUAUACACACACACACCCAUUUCGUUUAUUUCGUGUCAGGAGCGACUUGAGAAACUGCAAGUUGCUUCUAGUGUGAGAGAACUGGCCGUCUGCAAGGACGUUGUCCGGGGACGCCCAGAUGUUUUGAUGUUUUACCAUGCUUGUGGGAGGCUUCUCUCAUGCCCCUGCAUGGGGAGCUGGAACUGACAGAGGGAGUUCAUCUGUGCUCUUCCCAUAUUCGAACUGACAACCUUCAGAUCAGCAACCUAACCACCGGGGGCUCCUUUUACAGGUUUCAUGAUAAUUAGCAACACUGGCAAUGAAGUCCUUUUUUUCUCCAUGAGAUAAAUUGUCAUAGUUUAGAAAGAAAACACACAUUCAUACUUUUGAGCAGCAAUCAUUUCUUGGCGAAACUGGUCCCGUUCACUUAACAGAUCCUGAAUGGCACUUUGUGCAUCCCUAGCUUGACGCUGAAGUACCGCUCGAGAGUUAGUCAACUCAUCUGUCAUGACCCUGUAGAAAAAAAUACAGCUCGUCUUGAGAUGUAAAAUAGAGCUACUACUCAACAGACUACUUUGUAAGUGUAUUAGCAGUUAUCUUUACAGGAUGUACCUUACACUGAUCAUUUGAUAUUCAGAUUGUAAAAAUUAAAUGAUUUCCAGAUGAGA